CACACUCUGUCUCUCCACACGUGCACACACACACACACUCACAUGCGUGCACUGAAACUGAGAGGUGCUUUGAUCGGGAGAUCAAAAGACAUACACACACGCUCUCUUUCUCUCACACACAUAGGGAGUAGGGAAGGCAGCCAGGGAGGCAGGCACCGGUGCCUUUUGAAGCAGCAGUGAGAGUGAGAGAGGAAAGAGGACAAGGCACCGGACCACUGUCACCUACCGACCAGCCCCCUGCCGAUGAUCCAAAGCUACAGCCACAGCACAGAUACUCAACUGUAGUGAGGGUGUAGUUGGAGUUGGAGAUCUGUGGGGAGGAUAGGCAGGCACACUGCAUGUGUUCCCUUUCUGUGAAAAAGGGGUUAUGCCAGGAGAGCAUGAAAGGAAGAGAAGAUCCAGCUCUCCGUCUGUCCAUCCGUCCGUCCAUCCGUCAUCCUCAUUCCUCUUUUUUCAGAGCCGAUAUCUCAGGUCGGACGGUCCCGUUUUGAAUUCUUUAUUUUUCUCUCGUAAUUAAUUUUUUUUCUAUUUUUUGAUGGAGGGAUGUUAAGGAUCAGGUGAAGAAAGGAGGAGCAGUAUUGUGGACGUCUGAAAGGUCGUGACAUUUAUAAAUGUUUUUGUUUGUUGUUAUUUCAACGAUCACUUGUUUUUCCACCUCCUGACUGAAUUGAAGGGUGUGUGUGAGCAGCAGGACUGGAGGCUAUAAGGACUUUGAGACUGAUCUCUGUUUUGAUAUGAUUCGGUCGUCAGGCAAAUUCUUUCCUAUCCUGACGGAGCUGUGUCAAAGUUAGCUGGAGCUGCAGGGAGAGGAGGGGGCCGUGGGGAGGGCCUGUGGCCCAGGACAGAGCACCCAACCUGGAACGCACACAGAGAGGGACACUGGCGUAGGGGCUCUUCUCAUCCACUGAUAACUGUGUACCUGAAAAUGACAUUAUGAGUUUUCUAUUGUCCUGCUGCCAUGGUGACGGAGAGACAGUGACAACAACACCGUAAACAAUAACAAGUGCAAUAGCAGGCAACAGCCUAAAGGAGAACAACAACAGCUCAACCACCAGUGACUGAAACAACACACUGCAUCUAAUCAAACCUCAACCAGCCAACAUCCCACAACUUUGGGUGGGCCUUUGACAAGGACUCCACCACUCCAUCUGUCCAUCACCCCUUUCUCCACCUCUCUCUCUGCCGUGGUGGUCUCCUCCCUCCAUUCACCAGCAAGAAUCCCCUAGUAACCCCCACUCUGCUACUAUAUUCCUCCAGAUAUUGUUGACAUAACAUAUUGACAUUUCUAUGUCAAUCUAGGAAAGUUUGCUCAAGGAUUCUGGGUAAUCUCCCCUGGCGGUGCGCCGUCGCCCUGGGUGAAAGGGCAGGGGGGCGGCCCACGGUUCCCCCCGACCACAACCGGGUGAAGAGCAGGAGCGGGCGGCAAGAUGGCGGCUCUCGCCAGCUCGUUGAUCCGCCAGCGGCGGGAGGUGAAGGACCCCCAGGCCAACCGGCAGGUGGCCAACAAGAGGAAGCCGUGCCCCAAGGCCAACAAGUCCCUGUGCCAGACACAGAUAUUAUUACUCAUAUCAAAAGUCCGACUAUGUGGCAAUCGAGGGCGAAAGUUAGAAAAAAAACCGGAGCCCCAACUGAAAGGCAUCAUCACAAGACUCUACAACCGGCAUGGCUUCUACCUCCAGAUGCUUCCGGAUGGCACCAUGGACGGCACAAAGGACGAAAGCAGCUCCUUCUUGCAGUUCAACUUGAUUCCUGUGGGCCUGAGGAUAGUAGCCAUCCAGAGCACUAAGACAGGGCUCUACAUUGGGAUGAACAGCGAUGGAUACCUCUACACCUCAGUAUGGCAACCCCUUAUUAAUUAAGUUAUAACACUAUACAUAGUAAUAACAUCUCUACACCUCAGUAUGGCAACCUCUAAUAAAUUAAGUUAUAACAGUUCACAUAAGCCUGAAUAAAAGUCUACACAGCAGGCAGGUAGUACCCGUGGUAAGGACUGUUCAACGUUGGUCUGACCAAUCGGAAUCUAUGCUUCAAGAUUGUUUUGAUCACGCGU